UUUCCUGUGUGGCUACUGGAGCCCGCUCCGCAGCUCAGGCUGCCAGCAAAUCCCGAAGUGAGGCUAGCGAGAGGGGGUGAGUCGGUCCGUGUUUGGUUAACAAAUUCCCUGCAAAACAGCCCCCGAGCCCCCCAGAGCUGUGCUGAUGUCACAUCCGCUGCCCAGGUCUCAGCCCCUCUGCCAGCAGCGAGGGCUCCGCUCUUUUCUUGGGUCAAAACUUUUGCGGUGGGUUGGUUGCGGGCGGAGGGAAGGGGGCGAGGGGAGGGGGGGAGGCUGGAGGCGCUUCAGCACCACGGCCAGCGCCUUCCUCGCUUGCCUUCCCUGGGCUGGCGCUCCCCUCCCUCUCCGCUCGAAGGAUGCCUGCGGAAUGAUUGUCCCUCGGGCGGCUGCGGCUUCCAGUCGGCUCCGGCGGGCGGGCAGAAAGUGCAACUGACUAGCCUGGGCUCUGCAGCGAGAGCGGGGUGAAUGAAUGAAGAGUGAAAAAAGCGGAGCACACCUUGGAUCAGAAUGCAGGCGGCCUCCAACAUCCUCAACCUGCUGCUGCUGGCUUUGCUCGCUGGGCUCGAUCCUUCCAAGGUACAGCAUAGGAAAUGGCCUCACAAGCUUCUCCACCCUGCCUCGCUCACCUUGGGGAUCACUUGCAGAAGUGAGAAAAUAGUUCCGUUUCAACUGUCCAAGCUGUGUGCAUCUUUGGCCUGGCUGCACAGCCAGCCAGCAAAGGUGUCAAAUUAGUGUCAAUGGAGGUGACAGUUUUUUGUGAUAUGGAAACUUUUUCACUGGGAACUGGACUGAGACAUCCAAACUCAUUUUAUACUCAAAUUAGCCCCAAAGAAGGAUGGCAAGUGUAUAGUUCAGCCCAAGACCCAGAUGGCCGAUGCAUUUGUACUGUAGUUGCACCAGAGCAAAAUUUAUGUUCAAGAGACGCCAAAAGCAGACAACUUAGACAACUGCUAGAGAAGGUUCAGAAUAUGUCCCAAUCUAUUGAAGUUUUAAACCUACGGACGCAGAGGGAUUUCCAGUAUGUUUUAAAAAUGGAAACACAAAUGAAAGGGCUGAAGGCUAAGUUUCGGCAAAUUGAAGAUGAUCGGAAGACAUUAAUGACAAAGCAUUUUCAAGAGUUGAAGGAAAAGAUGGAUGAGCUGUUACCAUUGAUCCCAGUUCUGGAACAGUAUAAAAUGGAUGCCAAGUUAAUCACCCAGUUCAAGGAGGAAAUUAGGAAUCUGUCUGCAGUUCUCACCGGGAUUCAGGAAGAAAUUGGUGCCUAUGACUAUGAGGAACUACACCAGAGGGUGCUCAGUUUAGAAACCAGACUUCGAGACUGCAUGAAAAAACUCACAUGUGGCAAAUUGAUGAAAAUUACGGGCCCCAUUACAGUCAAGACCUCUGGAACCCGAUUUGGAGCCUGGAUGACAGAUCCUUUAGCAUCAGAAAAGAAUAACCGAGUCUGGUACAUGGACAGUUAUACUAACAAUAAAAUUGUCCGUGAAUACAAAUCAAUCACAGACUUUGUCAGUGGGGCUGAAUCAAGAACAUACAAUCUUCCUUUCAAAUGGGCAGGAACCAAUCAUGUUGUCUACAAUGGCUCCCUCUAUUUCAACAAGUAUCAGAGUAACAUAAUCAUCAAAUACAGCUUUGACGCAGGACGGGUGCUUGCACAGCGUAGCCUGGAAUAUGCUGGCUUUCACAAUGUGUACCCCUACACUUGGGGCGGCUUCUCAGAUAUUGACCUGAUGGCAGAUGAAAUUGGGCUGUGGGCCGUAUAUGCUACCAACCAGAAUGCAGGCAACAUUGUUAUCAGCCAGCUAAACCAGGAUACGUUAGAAGUGAUGAAGAGCUGGAGUACAGGCUAUCCAAAAAGAAGUGCUGGGGAAUCCUUCAUGAUCUGUGGAACUUUGUAUGUUACCAACUCACAUUUAACAGGAGCCAAGGUCUACUAUUCUUAUUCCACAAAAACCUCAACUUAUGAGUAUACAGACAUUCCGUUCCAUAAUCAGUACUUUCAUAUAUCCAUGCUUGACUACAAUGCAAGAGAUAGAGCUCUCUAUGCCUGGAACAAUGGACAUCAGGUCCUGUUCAAUGUCACCCUUUUCCACAUCAUUAAGACCGAAGAUGACACAUAAACUUGUCUCUCCCCCUUAAACCCCCACCCCCCGGCACACACGCACACUUCAAAAGUGUCAUUUGUGAUAAACUCUAAAACAUCCUUCUGGAUUUCUUUUUAUUUAAGUUCUUUUUCAUUAAAAAACAAACGCAUUUUCUACUGUGCAAUGUGUUCCAAAUAUGGCUGAGCCUGUCAAAAAUGACCGGUUGGAAAUACAAGCAUCCUAACUCUUGAAAAAACAAGGCCUGCCAUGACCUUGUCAUGAAAAGCACUAAAGAGGGUUUAAAUGGCUAAAGACAGUUUUAAAAAGAUUAUGAUCUGCCUUAUAUUAGAGUCAGAGACUAAUGGUGGCUUAAAUGCAUGAAUGUCUUUUUUUUUACCUUAUGUCUUUUUUGACUCUGUCUAUUGCUCAACAUCAGGAAAUAUUUUGGUAGCAAUCUGAAGCAUAAUGCACAUUAUUAUUAUUUAUUCCAAGAGAAAGAUUUUAGGGAUUUGAUUUACUUUGAAAAAAUGUAUAUGAUUCAUUUUGCCAUCACACAAUUUCUGAUGCGGUGCUGUACAGUACGUUUUGAACUCACUUGCAGUUUAUCGAUGAUAUGUAUUUCUACAUUGUAACCACCAUUGUGCAAUUGUAUCUCUUCACUUCCGUGAAAGUAAACUAAGUACUAUUUUUUAUAAAAUAUAUUGAAGUUUAAUCACAGUUCUAAACAUGGGUCAAUUUAAAAUUUUAUCAAACACAUGACAGCGGGUCCCCCUACUUUUCGCCUGUAGAUCACGCACACACACUUGGGGUAUGCUAGCAAAUCAGCACUAUCAGCCUACAUCCUCUUGUGCCAGUCUCUGUUGCCACCAUCAAUUGCCUUGCUCAUUUUCUCUCCCACACCAUUUUCUACCUUUCCUUCCUCCCAAUCAUUUUCUUUUUGAUGUAUUUUUUCACUCUCUAAUUUUGGAUGUUAUUUUGCUCUCAUGUUUUGUAGCUCUCCCUAUCGUAACAGAAAGCUACAUGUUGCUUUCUGUGAUCUGUCUAUGGGUUCCUCCUUUGGAAGCAGACUCUCAAGGUUUACAUGAAUACUGCAGGAUAAGAGGAGAGAUACUUAGGACUGUAUAUGGGCUGCUGCCUCAGCCUGCACUCCUAUAUGUAUGAACUGCCCCUCUGGCUGGCUGUAACAGAGGCCACUGUAGAAACAGGGAUGGAAGGGAGGUGGCUUUCCUGGAUCUACCAACCUCAUUACCUACAAUAAGAGGAGCACAUUUCCACUGAGGGAAGGCUUAUCUGGACAUAUAGCAGCUCAAAAAAAAAAAAGAGUGGCAAAGUGGUCAGGCAUGACAUCUGGUAUCCAUCAUGAUAGUUGAUGUCUACUGAUUUAAAUGGGAAGUGUAGUGCAUGGCGAAACAAACUGCAACCAAUAUUUUGCAAAAAUAGAUAUUGAUAGAUAGACUGAAAUAGUAUUGCUGCCUCUGGUCAAAAAUGGAUUCUCUUGAACGCAAGUUUUUUUGUGCCAUCUGUGAGUUUUACCAAUAUUACCAGUUUCAAAACUGUGAGGGUGGGAUGGGGUUGUUUGUGGAGGAUUUAUUUACUUAUUUUUGCAACUGACAUGGUAGAAAAGGAAAAAAAUGCUAUAUAACAUGAAGGAUGAUAUGGAAUUAUUUCAUGUUACCAUGAUGCAGAUCACAGAUUAUGAAAGCCACAAGUCUGCAGUACAGAACACAGAGGCGCUGUUUCCCCCAAAAUUUGUUUAGAACAAACACCUUUUUCAAAUCCUUUUAACCAGAAAAUGGGGAGGAGGGUGGGAAUCACAAAUCUUUUUUAUGAACAAUUUGUUCUUUUGUCAAAAAAUUAAAAAAUUGUUUUUUUUACCAGA